UCCAUCGAUGAGGAAGUGCGAGUGAACCUGCGGCGUGAGGAGGGAGGGAGGCAGCUGGUCUCCGUAGUUCCUGCAGGGAGCGUCACCGAUCACUACCACAACCUGGACAAAACAACCGGGACGUCAGGAGCAUGAAGCCGGAGAUCAUGUGCCUUACUGGCGCCGCACUGGUGCCCAAACAGCGGUGAAGGUUUGAGGAGAGGAGUCAAGAGGAGGAGGAGGAGGAGGGGGGCAGACAGCCUCGCAGACAGGUGCGUCUCCUCAGCCGGUUUCGUUUCCUCUCGGUCCCAGAGCCUGAAGGAGCCAUGGAUCCCCGCAAGGAGAACAAGGGAAGGAAACAGCCCAUGAAAGCCAAGUCCACGACGCGGAAAGAGAAGAAAUACAAGACCGGGAGGUUCAUCCGGAGGAAAUCGCUGCGAUCUUUUGGAAAUUUCAUGGGAAGGAUCCUUAAAACUUUGGGCACUUUGGCGCACUUCGGCAACGCGGAACCAGCGGACGGGGAGGACGACGACGGCGGCUUCGGGCAGAGCUCCUCGGCGGGCUUCAAAGACGACUGCCCGCAGGUCUCCAGGGAUUCGGCCCCCGCCAAGAAGAGCUCCGCGGCGGCAGCGGCGGCGGCGGCGGCGGGAGCCUGCUCCGCUCACGGCUCGGUGAAGGAGAGGCUGUCGUCGUGCUACGGAGACAAGACCCCCGGGGUGCUGGGGCUGAAGAACCACGGCAACACCUGCUUCAUGAACGCCGUGGUCCAGUGCCUGAGCAACACGGACCUGCUGGCCGAGUACCUGGGGCUGGAGCAGUACAGGUCGGACAUGUGCCACGGGAAGGUGAACGGGGAGGCGCCGGGAGAGGAGCCCCAGGGCGCCCGGGGAGAGGUGACCGAGCAGCUGGCGUCGCUGGUUCGAGCGCUGUGGACGCUGGAGUACACGCCGCAGCUGUCCGUGGAGUUCAAGAGCAUAGUGGCCAAAUACGGCUCUCAGUUUCGUGGAAACUCUCAGCACGACGCCCUGGAGUUCCUCCUCUGGCUUUUGGACAGUGUUCACGAAGAUGCCAGUUCCGGCCUCAACAACAACAACAGCAGCAGCAACAGCAACAGCAGCAGCAGCAAGGCCAAGGGACCCAGUCCAGUGGAGGAUUCUUCCAGUCCCAGUUCAGCCAGCACACAGCAGCCUCGGGGUCGACACAGUUUUGUCCAGGAACACUUCCAGGCUCAGUACAGGUCUUCUCUGACGUGCCCUCAUUGCCUUAAGCAGAGCAACACCUUCGACCCGUUUUUAUGUAUCUCCCUGCCGAUCCCCCUACGACAAACCAGACCGAUGUGUGUGACGCUGGUGUUCAGUACGAAGGGUCAGAGGUAUCUGCGGGUGGGGCUGGCUAUACCUCUCCUUGGUACCCUGUCCUGCCUGAGAGCCAUGGUGGCAGAGGAGGGUAAAAUCUCGCCAGACCAGGUCAUCCUGUCAGAGUUGUACUCCACCGGUUUCCAGCGCUCCUUCUCAGAUGACGACGACCUGACGACAAUCGCAGACAGCGACGUGGUCUACGCCUUCCAGGCUCCUCCCCUCUCCAGUCGUGGAGGCUCUGCACCGCACUCAGGGUAUCACCACAGCCUCCCCUCCUCUCCCUACUCCUCCUCGGCUGGACCUGAUGGCCAGAGGUUACCAUCGUCUGGAACCCUCUCCUCCGAGUACCUGAACCAGGGCGGCUCCACGAAGCUCCUCCUCGUCAUCUGUAACACAGCGGGCUCCGGCCAGCAAGCUGUCAGGUUCGGACCUCCAUUUCUCAUGCGCGAGGACAGGAGCAUCUCCUGGGACCAGCUGCAGCAGAGCAUCCUCAGCAAGCUCUAUUAUCUGAUGCUGAAUGGAUCUCAGGCUCAGAAGGUGGGGGUGCUGUUCAAGAUCCGAGUGGUGGGAGGAUUGACAUCCUGCAGCUACCUGUCGCCACAGGACAGCAGGCCCCUCUACAACCCUGCUGUUGACAGAGCUCUGAAGAUGUGUGGCACCGGGGGGCCUCCUCACGUGAAGCUCGUCAUAGAGUGGGAGCACAAGAAUAAAGAAUGUCUGUUUGGCACCAUCCAGGAGGAGGUGGUGAAGGAUGCAGAGAGUGUGAGGAACCAGCAGCAGCAACACCUGCAGCAGCACAGCUGUACCUUAGACGAGUGCAUCCAGCUGUACACCAAAGAAGAGCAGCUUGCCCCUGACGACGCCUGGAAGUGUCCCCACUGUAAAAAGUUUCAGCAGGGCAUGGUGAAGAUGAGCCUGUGGACUCUCCCUGACAUCCUGAUCCUCCACCUCAAGCGUUUCCGACAGGUGGGUGAGCGCAGGAAUAAGCUGUCGACCUUGGUGCGUUUCCCCCUGACGGGACUGGACAUGGCCCCCCACAUAGUGAAGAGGAGUCAGAGUAUGCGGAACCUGGGGCCGUGGCCCCCAGCCUGGAAGCAGCCGUCAGGACAACACCCCGACAUGACCCUCCCACAGGACUAUCAGUACGACCUCUACGCUGUGUGUAACCAUCACGGAGGAAUGCAUGGAGGACAUUAUACAGCUUACUGUAGAAAUUCAGUGGAUGCCCAGUGGUACAGCUAUGAUGACAGCAGCGUCGACCUGGUGCCAGAGGAGGAAGUAUGUACCAGAGGAGCUUACAUCCUCUUUUACCAGAGACGCAACAACAUUCCUCAGUGGUCGGCCAGCAGCUCAAUCAGAGGCUCCACAAGCUCAUCAAUGUCAGACCAUUGGCUCGUCCGCCUCACAGUGGACAGUAAGAGAGGCAGUCUGGUGUCUCGAUCGUCCACCACCUGCCCGUCUUCAAAUCCCGACUCUCCAGAGUCUCCCGUCUUCCUCGACGAUGGUUGUAAAGAGGAAAAGGGAGGUUUUGAGAGCAGGCCAUUUGUCAGGGGACUUGAGGGGCGCAGCAAGAGCAUGAGAACCCCCAGCAAGACUAAGGACACUCUGAGCAAAGUACUUCCCCUUCGCUGGUCCUUUGGUUCCAAGGACAGACGAAAACCUGACCCGGUGUCUCCGCCGGAUCAAGCUCCUGCCCCUGUGGAGCUAGUGCAGUACUUGGAAUCUGGCCGGCGUCCCCGCUGCACAAAGGACCCAAUAGUAACACUGAUGAGCGAACCGCGCAGCACAAAGGAAGCUGCUGUGGCCCCCGCUGUAGCCAAUGUCAAAUCGUCCAAUGCUGGGAGUAUGAGUUGUGUGGAUAAAGCAAGAGAUGAGCAGCAGCUAGAGUCUCCACAGGUCCCAGAGGGCCAGAGGAGGCCAUCGGACAAGACGACCAGCCUGAGACGCAGCAAGGGGAGCAAGACAAGAGAUGAGGGCACCUUGAAUAUCAGCAGUAGCUCUAGCAGUAACACCCUCACCAGAAGGAAGGAUUCCAGGAAGCAGAGCUCCGCCAAAGCUUCCCAGGAUACGGAGACAACAAGGCAUUUCAGUGCUGGAGUUCAGCCCAGCUACAGCACACCCAGCCUUCAUGAUGGGACCCUGAGAAGACCAAGGGGAGACAGGGCUGAACAUCCAGGUGCAUUUGAAGAAAACUCUAAGACCAAAAGAGGAGAAGUGCCCAAGAGUCAGGAGGGACUGUUCUCCUUCUUAAAAGGCAACUUCUUGAAGAAGGAUAAGGACCAGAGGAAGUCCAAGGAGGGUGAGUCAGGGAGAAGAGGAGGUGAGGAAGGAGGCCGAAGGACGCUGUCAAGGCUGCCACUGUCUAACGGAGCAGCGGGAGGCAGGAGUGCUGCAGAAAGAGAAAAGUCUAAUGGCUCAGGCCAUCUGGGCGAUGAGCUGGUAAAUGGAAAAGUUGGACGUACGACGGUUGACAUCAAACGCUCCCAAAGUCAGUCCAACAUCCCCACCAAGGCGGAGCAGAGCAUGCACAGGACAGCAUCUUUGCAUCGCAAUGGCAUGUCCACAGCCCCGGCACCGUCACGCAGCCUGACAACGGACAAACCAUCUUACGGCACCCUGCAGAGGACUCGUUACAGCACAACCUCACUGGGGCGCAAAAAGACAGUCCCCGAGUCGAGCUUCUGACAGAGCUAGUUAACACACAAACACACACGGAGCCUUGUCCCUGAUAUAGAGUGAACGACGUCCAGUCUCUGAGAUCAAAGCAAUAGAGCUAAAUUCACAGCGAUAUCCUUUUUGUUCCCAGAAAACAAAGAAGCAGAGACAGAGCAGAUGAAGAGUUUGAAUUCUGGGAUAUAAAGAACAGAAUGAAAUGAUGUGACGUGUCCAUCACUUGUCAGAGGAAGUCCAUCUCUUGUCUGUUUUUUAUCACUUGAAACAAGUGCCUGAGAAACUUAUAUGCAGUUUAGACCAAUGAGUUUGUCUUUUUAGCACUGGAAGUACAGAAGCCCUUACACACACACACACACACACACACACACACACACACACACACACACACACACACACACACAAUGAAAAAAGCACAAAGUCCACAGUAUAAUGAGCUAGGAGCUAUGAGGGUAGGAGUGGUAUUCUGGAGAAGCACUGAUCUGGAACUCUUUAUUAUUAAUUGGCCAAGAAAAUGAAAGUCUACCAGAACCAGUAGGGCUUUGUGGCUAACCUCUCUACCACUCUCAAAUUUGGGAUUUUAAUAUUAAUGCAAUAUUGACCCUUAGAGGAUUGUUUGAGAUAAUACCAGUGAACUUUAUUGAAUGCAUUCCAUUGUUUCCUUUUAAUCUCCACUCUUUUAUUUAUUUUUCUCAGUUAAUGGUUUUUCUGUGCUAUCCGGACUCAAUCUCGUGUGAUAAACUGUUCAAUCUGUGGGUAUAUGAAGGUGUCGGGAGUGCUGACAUUUUCUCCUGGCUCAAAAUGCACAAUGUGGCUGUGUCCUAGUUUGUCGUCAGACAGCUGUCGAAAGCUAGAAAACUUGAUGGUGAGGAAUUUAACGCUCAACCUCACAAAUACUCACAUUUAUGCAGUCAAGGUUCAGCGUAGGAGUGCUGGUAAUAGUGCAGCCUGACACUGACAGCAUAUGGGCAGUUAGAGAGAGAACUGGAGAUGUGGGUGCAAAAAAGCUAUGUUUUUCCAUGUGCUUUGUUUUUUUUAUCCUUUAUAUUUUCCUUGCCUGAACAGUCUAAACCACAGAAGACCUAAAUGGAAACAAAUCAAACAAAGAAAUAAAGUAAGAGCAAAAUACAUUUUUAUAUAUUUUCCUUUUUCUGUUCGUUUACUGUGAGCUAACUUUAAUUAGCUAACUUACUGAUAAUCGUGCCUAGACGACCCUGCUAAUUGUGCGUUUGUCAUCUUCUUGCAGCACAUUGUAAAUGUAGCUAAAGGUUCCGUCAACAUCAGUGUCCCUACAGCUACUGGCCCACAGGGAACUUUUAUUUUGAAAGACUGUCUGCCAUCUGCUAAUGCCCCAUGUUCCAACCCAUAGACUGUAUAUAAAGAUGGACGGCAUGACUCCCAAAAGUGAAGCCGAAGCGUCCUGAUGGCCCUCUGGUGGUUGGCUGCAGUAUAGUUCAUUAACUCCGCCUCCUCCUUGUUAGUUGAUGGGUCAUGGACCAAACUUAAAAGUCAAAGUUCACGUCAAUUGAAUUGUUCUCAAAGAUGGUUUCAUUUACGGUACUUCUUAUCACACUGAUGUACGUCGAAAUGUUAAUUGUUCAGGUAAAUUUUGUUUUACUUAAUUAUUUGAUUCUAUAAAAACGGGCUGAAACGUCAUGAUUGACAGCUGAGACUGACUCUUGAUUGGCUGAACACCUGUAUCGGUGGGACGUCGCUACCGCCAGACUGGCUCCAAAUGAGCAAGAGGAUAUUUUGGCUUAACUUCUGGAUAGUGGGAGGAAAUGUGUCAUCCAUCUCUAAAUACAGUCUUUGAUCCAACCCAAUGCCUUGCCAUUUAAAAAAUAUCACUUUAUAUUUGGUAUGUUUAUGUUGCCCUCUGCUGGACGACACGGAAAUGUAUUACACUCACGCUGCUCACAUCUUUGGUUAAUUUGGUUGUUACAGGAGGGGAAAAUCUAAAUAUACUAAAUAAAAAUGUUUUUUGAGUCCUUUAAUGUAGGCCUUUUAAAUAUCACGUACAAAUCGGAGAAGUGAAUGUGGCAUUAUGAAGGUUGCGCUUUGCACUUUGUCUUUUCACAUAAUCAAAUAUAGUGUUUAUGUCCAAUGGUGCGUUUAACACUCCUACUACAGACUUUUUGUUAAACUGAUCUCAGUGUGAUUAUUUUGGCUCAAUUUUUCUUGCUGCAUUUUCCCCCCCAACAUCAACUUGCUUCAUAAUCAAACAGUUACUAGAUCCCUUGUAAGAAACACAGGGCAGAAUGAAACUUUUACUUUUAGCCACUUUGCAGCUUCUGCCAGUAUCACUGGGAGUGAAGGACGUCCCUUGAGCUCACUCACAUAACUGCUGGAGUAGAGCGGAGCGUUAAGUUAGUUUUCCCAGCCCAGAUGUCCCCGGCCACUCCAUUCAUGCAAAUGGAUCGUUCUAUAACAGAAUAACAGGCGAACAUGAUGUCCUCACUCACUGCUGUUGGGACAUUUGGAUUUUGUGUGUCAAAUUUCCAAUGAUGACCUCUUAGACUUUGUAUUUGGAGAUUUAAUUUGCCCUUUACACACACAUGGGAAUGUGACUUAUCUAGUAUCUACCCACAUAAUGAUGGAUACUCAAAUUACUUUGGUGCAGCGCUCAAAUCGUUUUUUCUUUGAGAGAAAUUAUAGCCGUAUAAUUGAAUUUACAUCAAUGUGUUGACCUAUGUUGGAUAAUAUUUGCAAUUUAAAUGGAGAGGAAGAUGUUUAUUCACAUGAGCUUCUGAAUGCUUCUGGACAGUAUUGCCUGUUGAUUGAGUAUGUUAUUCAGUUUCCCAGUCUCUAAGAGCAGCACACAUAUAGGCUCACCCCAUAUUACUUCAACAAGCAGAUUUUGAAAAACUCAAACACAGCCAGUGCCCAGAUGAUGUGGUUUGCUGAAGGCCAGUUUGAUCUGGUAAUGUUGAAGCAGGAUCAAAGUUGACUCUAAAAUAAACUAACCUGUCCUUGUUAUUGGGAGACAUUUUAUUGGGGAGUCUGAAAGGAUUCAAAUGAAACAGCACAGUGAUAUAAGAGACAGAUUUCUACUCCGAUUUUCAGUGUGUCACUCACUGUUAUUUGAUUUGUGAACAUUGGAAUUUUCUCCUGUUUGUGCCAAGCAAACAAGCAAGAAAAGAGAAUUUAUAAUACAAGCAUAAAGUCUCCCAGUAAAUGAAUUCCCUUUGCCUCCGUCUUUCUCCUCAACUCCCCCAGAAAACACACCCUGUCAACAGCACCCGUAAAUAAUAUUCUAUAAAAGUGGCCUCUCGGCUCCACAUGGAUGGAUCAUUGGAACAGUUCAUAUUUAUCCAAUGAUUCUAUUCCUUUUGGUGAUAAAUCUUACUGCAGGCAGGCGCUAAAUUAUAGAUCCACUUGUUAAGAUUUUCUUUGAGGCUGAUGUUCUCCUUUUGCAGAAUCUUUCUAUUCCUGUAACAAAUGAAUAUUUGCAAGUGGCAUGUCACCUACUGAAAUGUAUGUAUGAUGUAUUGAGGGAUAUGGACCAGCUGAAUCACACAAACCUUGUACACACACCACGUUUAUUUUUACCAACACUUUCAUUAUGCUGUGAAAGGUAACAGGUGACUAAGCAAUAAUAGUUGAAUGUCUUACUCAUUAGUUUGCACAAGGUGGUUUGGAAGUUUGCUGAAAAAUAGCAACACAAAAUAAAUGCACACAUGCUCGAGGCUGCUCUCUGAAAUGUGCGAGAAACAAUUAAUUUGAGCAUUAAAAUUCCAUUUUCUGAAAGAAAGCUGUGAAAUACUUUGCUUCAGCUUCCAUGUCUGAACGACCUUUAUCUCAUAAUAGUAAUUAUUAAUUCUGAAUGAGAGCAUGUGCUUAGAUACAAAUUAUUAUAGAUGCUGAUUAUUUCCUUCUUUACAGUGAAAUCUUGACUGUAAAAAAACACACCAAAGUGCAGACUCUUCCCUGCUAUUCAGAAGGAUCAGAUAAUCCCUUAUACAGAACGAAUUAAACUCACUCGUAUCUUAUUUUUCCUCUGCUCAUAGAGCAGUACAUUACAGUGUGUUUUAGAGAUCAAUGCGGUUAAAAUAGAACAUAUAGAUUUUAAAUAGGGACACAAAGUCUGUAUACAUUUUAACGUUUGUUUAUAUAUUUUGUCUUUCCAUGGCUCAAUCCACAUGUAGCCACAUACACACAAUGUUUACGCUGCCAAAUUGAGCACUUCUGUGUAAACACGAUUUUUGUCAGAUGUGGGUUGAAAAUGUUUUUAUAUGCAAAUUUUCUACGUUUUAUAUACACAUAUAUAAAUCUGUCUAUAUUUGCGAAUACACACAGACAGAAUCGUGUGUAUGUGUGUGUGAGAGAGAGAGAAUAAAUAAUAUGAUUAUCAUUGAGACUUACCCUGUGGUGUGUACUGAUUUGGGAAUAAGAUGAGGUUGUGCAGUGUAUUACAUAUUUUUACAAAAUGGUGUAUUAGGUUUUCUUUUGCUGUAAAACAGAAGGUUCUUCCUGAAUUGUUCUCUGUACAUGACAGUGUGUUGUUUUAUUUUUCAAUACAACAAAUAAAUAGACUUUAUUUAUGAUUACAGUCAACAGCUUUUAAAUUCUCCAUCAUAAAUUAUAUUUUACACAACACAAUCUUACUAUAAAUACAUGUAAGUACUGUAAUUAUGCAACCUGACCUGAGCCUAUAUGUUCAUUUUAAGUACAAUAAAGUAUGAUAUUAUUAUCUGGAAUAUUGUUAAGCAGAAUUAUAAUAUAUAUAAGUAGAAGUAAAUUAUAAAAUUAUACAGUUACACACUUGAGUGUCUGUACUUCAGCGCAUUUUAUAAUGAAUUAAUUGACGUAAUUUUUCCUUCAUCUCAUACGUCAUGUUUUUUUAAUCGAAUGAACUGAAUAAUUUGUAUUACUUUUAGUUUUUUGACUUUAAAUUUGUUUGUAAUAAGCAAUUUUUUUGUUGUUUAACAGUCGCUUGUUGCAGGUGCCAACAAAUGAUAGGAAGUGAACUUGUAGCGUGCACAGACUGGCUGUUGAUGUUUAGUUAAACGAUGAUAAACACUCCUGUUACACCUUUU